AUGUUAGAGAGCUGGCGCAUAAACAAUACGAGCGACGAAGCACAACGAAAGAGUCCUCUCAUGACUUUGAUAGAACAAACGCCACAAGACGCUUUUAUAUCCAUGAUGAACGAUGAAUCGCAGCCCAUGAAUCCGAUUAUGUCGAUGAUGAGCGAUGAGGCACAGCAACAGACUGCGAUCUUAUCUCUGAUGAAUGACGACGAACCGCUGCAGCAGAACCCCAUCAUGCCGGCGUUAAAUGAACCACCAGCGGCAGACCUGAGCAGCAGUGUUGAGGACGAAAGUGAUGAGGAUGAGUCCGUCACGGAUGUCACUGAUUAUAAGUCAUUGUACACUGAAUUGAAACAAAAAUUGAAGAAUGUUAUUCAUGAAAACGUCUUUUUUAAGGAUCUUCUUAAGACUAGGCAGAAUGAUUUGCUGAAAAUUACGCGUGAUCGUUCCUUUUUGCUGAAUCGUCUGGAAAAGUAUAUGACGGUGGAGGCGUCGUCGUCCGACAGUGACGCAACAGUGGUUUCAGAUGAUUCGGAACGUGUGGAAGUACCACCGAAAAAGCGAAAGAUGGAAGCAUCCACCUCCCAAGGCACCGGCUCCUCAAUGAAGCCGCCAGCUGCACCGCGACGCAACAAAAAGAAUAUCAAAAAGCAGCAGCAGCAACAGCAACAAAAGCGGCAGCAACAACAAAAGCAACAAAAGCAGCAACAUCAACAAAAGCAACAAAAGCAGCAACAUCAACAAAAAAAGCAACAACGGCAGGUGCAGGAGGUGCCACAACCACAAGAACAAAUCACUGAAUCGGUUGUACAGGUGCCUACGCCGCAUCUCACGGUUCCCCCGCUACAGCUACAGCCACAGCAGCAAUUAUUGCAGCAAAACGAACAGAUGUCACAAUCUUCACAAGACAUGCUUGACCAGCUUACACCAGAAGAUCAACUGUUGCUGCAAAUGCAGCAGGAAAAAUUAAUGGACUUGAUCAAACAAAUACCCCAAUCGCAACAGAUGCUGCAAGCAUCGCAAUCACAGUCGCAGCAACAGCAACAACUCAUCCAGCCACACCGUCCACAGGUACCUCAAACACAGCAACAGUUGAUGCAGUCGCUGCAGCUGCAGCCUCAGCCACAGCAGCAGAUAAUACAAUCACAACAGCCGUCUCAGGCUGUACAACCACAGGUGCUGGUUGACACGCAACAUAUGUUGCGGCAACAGCAGAUGAUGCAGCCGGUUCGGCAAAUUCAGCUGCUGCAACCACAGCCGAUGCAGGUGAUGACACCAUCACAGCAACCACCGCAAGGGCAGCAGUAUUUGAGCAAUCCUACGCCACAAGUCAUGCCACAAAUGAGGCAACAGCAAAUAAACCAGCAGCAGAUACGCCAACAACAGAUCCAACAGCAACAGAUCGAACAGAUGGAGCUGCAGCAGCUUCAGCAGCAGAUCCUUUUCCAGCCGCCCUCGUUCGUGCAGCAACCGGCCACGAGCAAUGCUUACCAGUUUCCGCUCUCGAUGAUGUCGCAGGUGCCGACUGAACUGCUUGCCACGACUUCCUACACCGACAUAGACGUAUCCGGUGACGACGUAUCGAUGGAGGGACAGAUUACGAAGGAGGAGCUCGAGCGGCAUUUACAAUCGCGGCAAACAAUGCCACAGGUGAUACCGGAAGGUGAAUUACCGAUUGAAAUGUUUAACAACAACUCAUCAACCGAACCCAACGAUCAACUAAAUUAA